CAGCUCUUUUUAUACGGAGGACGGAAUCGGUGGUUGGCGAAAUAAGAAAACGUGUGGAUUGUGCAAGAGAUCUGUGAUCAAGAGAUCUGAUGUUUUAAAGGUGAACAAAUAAAACCAGAAAUGGCAGGGGAAGACGAAAAUGAAAUGUCAUUACCAGGUUCUGGGUGUAGAGAGGGAUGCUGGUGCAGAUGAUCUAAAAAAAUCCUACAGAAAAUUGGCCCUUAAAUGGCAUCCAGAUAAAAAUCCAGACAAUGUUGAGGAGUGUACAUCCCAGUUCCGACUAGUACAACAGGCAUAUGAUGUUCUCAGUGACCCACAGGAGCGUGCAUGGUACGACAAACACAGGGAAGCUAUACUCAAGGGAGGUCUUGGUCAUGGUGAUAACUAUGAAGAUGACAGCAUGGAUGUGUUUCAGUACUUCAAUUCCUCUUGUUAUUCUGGGUUUGAUGAUGAUGAAAAUGGAUUUUACUGUGUAUACCUAGAUGUGUUUAAGAAACUGUCUGAAGAAGAUUACCAUUUCAUGGAUGAUCGAGAAAGUGAUUGUGAUUUUCCAGAAUUUGGAAAUUCUAAGAGUUCUUAUGAAGAAGUGGUGAAGCCAUUCUAUGACUUCUGGGAAAGUUUCCAGACAGCCAAGUCUUUUGUGUGGGUGGAAAAGUAUGAUACAAGAGAGGCACCAGACCGUCGAUGUCGUAGGCUCAUGGAGGCUGAAAACAAGAAGCUCAGAGAUGCUGCCAAAAAGGAGAGGAAUGAACAAAUCAGGGCUUUGGUGAAGUUUAUAAAGAAGCGUGACAAACGAGUACAAGCAUACAAGAAAUUUUUGGAAGAAAGAAAUGAAGAAAUAAAGAGGAAAGCCAAAGAUAAUCGAGAGAGACAGAUCCAGGAAAGGCUAAAGAAAAUGGAGAAUUACAAGGAAACAGAUUGGUCAGCCAUGACAGAACUUGAGGAUGACUUACAGAAACUGGAGAAGAGUCUGUCCCACCAGUUUGGAGAAGCACAUGCAGAAGAUGAGUUGGGUGAUGAAGGAGGUCAGGGAGGUGAGGAGGAGGAAGAAGAAGAGGAAUACUACGAUGAUUUUUUCUGUGUAGCUUGUAACAAAGCAUUCAAGAGUGACAAAGCAUUUUCAAAUCAUGAACGGUCAAAGAAACACAAAGAAAAUUUGGCGUUUCUACGGCAACAGAUGCACGAGGAAGAUGGAGAGCUGGCAGAGAUGUUGGAGGGACUAGAUAUUGGGGAAGACCCUGGUACAGAACCUAAGGAGGAGGAGGAAGAUACCAAACAAAAGUUGUCCAAAAAGCAGAAGAAAAAGAGGAAACAGCAGAAACGUGCCACAUUUGAGGAUGAUGAUGAAGAUGAAGAGGAUGAGCUUUCCAAGGCAGUCAACGGAUUAGUGUGUGAGGAGGAGACAGAGUCCACUACAGAAGACACAAGAAAAGAAAAAGAUAAGAAAAAAUGGAAGAAGAAAAGCAAUGAAGAAAAAGAAAAAAGUUUAGAGACUGAAGAAACUGAGACGACGGUGGGAAAUGGUACCUAUGACAACACUGACAAAGAGGCUGGCAUCGCUGGGGCCACAAGUUCUAAUGGAGAUGUAGACGGGGAGUCAGAACAGCUGUCAGUAGAGAACGUUGCACAGCUGACAGGAGAUAUUGCAGCCACACACAACUCUCAAAGUGAUAAUCCUUCCGAGAAUAUUCGAAAUGAAAAACCUGCACAGAUUUUCAAGUGCAAUGUAUGUAGCAAUGUCUUUCCUACGCGGAACAAAAUGUUUGACCAUAUAAAAAAGGAGGGUCAUGCAAUCCGAUUGGACGCUCCGCUUCAGGAGACCACGAAAAGGGACAAGAAAAACAAACGGAAGGGCAAGAGAUGACAGGAGGCGACAGUCUAAAUUAUUGUCUUUCACAAUUAAAUUUAUGUAUAAAUAUU